UGACAGCUCAUUAGCUUUCCUCUACAUCAGCCCUUCUCGAUGGAGCUUAUUCCAAGGUCUGAAUAAGGUCCAUCUGGAAGGAUGCCUCUAUUGUCAUGAUCAGCUCGCACGGAGCUCUUACUCUUCAACCUCAAUUGAUCCUCAAUCGAUCAUUUAUUUCAACGCAACGGGCUCAGACCCACACAGCGUGAGAAUCCAGACUCACUGAAGCCACACGGCAUCUGCUUCUCUCAAGAUUCACGCCACAAUGGAUUUUACAAACCUUCCAUUUGACGUCGUGAUUGGGAUAGUCCGACUACUUGAAUUUGCGGACAUCGCACGGUGUCGUCGUGUGUGUGCUUCAUGGAGCAAAGCUUUUUCUCAUCCAGAGCUGCUUCGUGACGUCCUUUUGUGGAGUGUGCCUCUAGCUAGAGAAGUAAAGUACUUGAAAAAGCUGGAACAGUCAGGGUUGCGUUCGGCUCUGGAGCGGCGCUGGUCUGAGAUCUUUCAGGACGUAGCACCUCGUUGGGAUGCUUUGAAGAAGGCGAGGCCUCGGUCUACCCAGCGCAUCUCCUUUUAUCGACCCUCAGCCUCGAACUCUCCAUUAGUAUACGACGUGGCUCCAUGGCAUCGCAUUGAUUCCAGUCGGAAGUUUUUCCCGGAAUUUGACGAAGCGGAUCGCCAAUGGACUUACUCGGAUGGCUUUCUAGUCUUCCCGGAGCCGACAAAUGGAGACUACUUGGUUCUCGAUUUGCACUCGAGGGGAAUACUUGGAAAGGUCCCUUUCUUGAGAAAGGGAAAGACUGUUAGAAGAAUUCGACUAAAUGAAAAUAUCCUUGCAAUUGAAUGGGCAGAAGAACAGCCUUUCCAUCAGCUCAGUCCCCUUCACCCAGAGGAGCUUGUGCAUCGCCAUUUUGUGUCUAUUUUUCAACUCGAAACUGAGCCAGAAACAGAAGAUGGGUCCCAGUCUGAUUCGCCGGUCCGCUUGGACGUACAGCUCCGUUAUGAAUGGAAGUUACACUUCUUGGGACUGCCUCUGACUACUCGAGAUCGAUUUUUUACAGUACACACAGGUUCCUAUUAUGCGGCGUACUUCUGGCAACCGAAUCGGAAUGCGUGGGGUGAGGAUGAACCGAUUGAAUCGUUGAUAAUCUGGGACAUUACACCUGCAGGGCAGGCUCACUCUGAUUCUGAAUCUCCCCUUUCGUCAGCCAAUGUUCACGGGCGUGACCACAAAGAUCUCGGAGACGUGAAAAAUAGUCCUACUGUUGUCAAACGUCUAAACUUUCGGGACCUGGAAUUCUUCAACGUUAGGCAGGGCAACGAACCUAAGUUGAAACGCUUGGAUAUCGAUAAAGGCGUGAUCUAUUUCCGCGAAGAAGUGAAAACCGGCCUUUUUGGUAAUGAUGUCACGGCAGGUCUUCCCUUACACCAAAAGUUUAAAGAGACUAUCACUGCCCUUCCAGUUAUCGGCAAUGGCCCUAUCCAGCGAAAAGAACAUGAUGAUCCUGACCCGUUCUUUCAGGGCGGUGUUGCGAAUUACCGCCUAUUAUAUUACGCAUCGAGAUUUAGAAGUGGUUUCAAGGGUAUAAGUCUCCGUAACAGGGUAAGCAUCUUUGUUUUUUUUUCCUCCAUCCGUGUUACUGGGUAGAUUAUGCCUCGGGAAGGGUGCUGCCUCUUUCUGCUCACCAAUUUUGUGUGUUUAGAUCCCAAACGACGACAUAAGAGUUGCUUCUUUUAGUAAGAAACACAAUGU